AGGGGGGUCGGUCGGGCAGGUGCCAUUCCUUUGUUGGACCAGGUAGCGCGAGGAGCAACCCCUCCGCUGCGGCCGCUGCUAUGCGCCGUGGUGCUGCCGUGCGCGCGUGGUGCAGCCGUUGACCGACUUCUGCCGACUGCUCGGCACGUGCCCUUUCGUCGCCCCGCAGCUGAUAUGUUCACCUUUGAAAUGCCGGCUGACGCGUGCGGCCAAGCCGAGGAUUAGUGAUGUCUCUCGUUUCGUACUCCUUUACACCUUCCUGAAAACGGAUAUCUCGCUUACGUUCUCCUUUGUGCGUCGUCGCAACUGUUCGCCUGGUGUUUUGCAUCUUGCCGAGCACCGUGAUCACUGUUCAGUACUCGCCGCUGUUUCUUUCUCCGGGGCUGGCAUCCUUGAUAAGUGAGCAGAUUGGGAUGCUCCUUGUGACGGGGUUUUUACAGAAGUGUUUUACGAGUGUGCGCGAUUCUUUGUGCGUGUGAGUGGUGCCGCGACUCGAGUGGAUUUCGUGAGCGGAUACACGUCCCACCGGACGAAAGCAACUACGGCCUCCUAACUCUAGGUGCGUGGAAGUGGAGCGGCGUCAUGGCGGCGGCGACUUCCGGUCCGCGAACAAAAUGGCGGAAGCCGGGGUUCCGCUUCCCCGGAGUCGGUUGGCUUACCGUGCAGACCGUCCUACAUCUGCUGGCUGUGGCCGAAUGUCUGGCGCAGACGACCACUGCGUCGAGUCAAGAUAACCUCUGCUACCUGACGCACGGUGGAUCCUCGGAGACGUUCACGGUCAACGAAGCAUUUCCAGUCGAGAGCAUCGUGGGCACCCUUCAAGUUGUGGGCAACGCGAGCGAACCAUGGGGAGACAUCGAGCUCCGCAUGGCCGACCCCGAGGGCUCGCCGCUGACCAUCCUGCCGGGCACAAAGAGCCUCGUGCUCAGGCAGAAACUGGACAAAGAGGGACGCGAUGGUCUGCGCUCUGUCACCACCGACGUCAUCUGCUCGCCCAGGCAUACGCGGAAGGACGACCACCUGAGCAUCACCGUGCCUGUCCGAAUCAUCGUGACGGAUGCCAACGACAAUGCUCCGGAAUUCCAAGGCACUCCUUACUUCCUCAACAUCAGUGAGAGUACUGCGCCCGGUACGACAGUCAUGCAAGGCAUCCGAGCCGUGGACAAAGACCAGCCUGGUCCCUUCAGUACGGUCGAGUACUACGUCGAUGACGGGCCACACUCGCACCUGCUGGCGUUCGAGAACCGGUUGGAUGGUUUGCUGGUGCUCCAGGACAAGCUCGACCACGAGACCUUGCCAAAGUUCACUGUUACUCUCAGGGCGCAGGACCAGGGGAACCCCCCGCAGAGCUCGCACACAACCCUAGUGGUGGUGGUGCACGACGCUGACGACCAGAACCCCAGGUUCUUGGCCGAGAGGUACUUCGUCCAGCUGCACGACAACAUCCGCGUGGGCACGCCACUCGAUGUGAAGCCAAGCAAGAUCGAGGCUGAGGACCCCGACGAAGAGAUCAGGGCGCCGAUCAAGUACACCUUCAAUUCAGAUGCCCCCGAGUACUCGUACUUCGACCUGCAUCCUCAGACGGGCCACGUGUCCCUGGUACGGCCUCUGCCCGAAGGAUUCGCACUACCGGUGACGCUGGUGGUGCGUGCCACGCAACACGACAACCCGGAUCGGUUCACGCUCACCACGCUCACGCUCACUGCUGACAGGUUCCCGCCCCAUGAGCUACACUUCCUCCAGGACGAGUACGAGGCCCGCGUACUCGAGAGCACCCCUCCUGGCCAGGCGGUGCUGACGGUGCAGACAACGCGCGGUGCUGCCGACAAGGGCGGCGUACGCUUCGAACUCAUGGACGACGGCAGCGGGGACGCGGCCUCAUUCGCCAUCCACGCUUCGGGCGAGCUCAUCCUGGCCCAGCCGCUCGACUACGAGGCCAAGCAGCUCUACAUGCUGCAGGUUCUGGCUACCGACGGCAAGCACAGUGACGUUGCGCGCGUCAACGUGAGCGUGCUGGACGUGAACGACAACGACCCACAGUUCAGCCAGCCACGCUACUCGUUCGUCCUCACCGAACCCGACACCGUGCGCCAGGGGGCACUCGUGGGUCGAGUCGAAGCAUCGGACGCGGACGCCGGCGACUCGGUGCAGCUGGCCAUCGACGGGCCCUCAGCGCGCCUCUUCACCAUCAAUAACCGCGGCGAGGUGCGCAUCCGGGACCUCGAGUACCUGAACUCCACGCGGUCGCACCUGGUGGUGGUGGCGACCGACAGCGGCGUCCCUCCCCGCAAGUCCACGGCGCUGGUCGAGGUGCAGUUCCCCGAAGCCCUGGUGCUGAGCAGCGGCGUGCUGGCACCCAGGCGGGAUGAGGGCAGCUUCGUUCUCAUGGCCGUCUUCGGCGCCCUGCUGGGAUCCCUGCUGCUCAUCAUCAUCACGCUCACUGUGUACAUACUCAAGAACAAAAAGUACCGGAACAGACUGCCAGUCUCCAUCACUGGGAACGGGCACACGCCAUUGAAUAAGGUGGCAACGAUAAAAGCGCCUCACAGUGCGGCUAACAAGUUGAUCAACCCUCCGCGCCCUCUGGCGGGUGUUGAGAACCCCAUCUUCAACCUGUCUGAUGCCAAGUCGGACGACACUACCGAGGACAUGAGUGAACGAGAGACGGUGCCGGACAGUCCGGACACUCCCGUACCUAAUGGCAAUGGCAGCAGCAGCAACAACAACAACAACAACAACAACCGACCGCAGCAAAACGGCGGGGCGCUGCCCAAUGGCAGGCUCGAGCCACUGCGGAACGGAACCGCGACGCCAUCUGGCGGCCCGUUGCCACUGGGCAACGGCAAGCUCCUCAGCGUCCAGUGGCCCAUUGGUUCCAUACCCAGGAGGGUGAAGAAACUCAGUUGGGAGGAUGAGCAGCCGAACAAGACGGCGCUGGACCCUGACGUCAGUGUAACGCCGCUGACAGGUGGCAACCAGUCUCCCGACCACAACGAACUCACAGUGUACUUCUAGGUCAAACAGCACUGAAGUGCAUCCUCCUCCCUCAAGUCCCUCGCACGAAAGCGAGGUCGCCGCAGGUCCAAGGAACCGCGAAGUUCAGGUACGCACGUGCGAGGAGCAAAGUCGUCGUGAUAAGUCUGCAACACGCCAAGCCGUCAGUGCCUUCCCGUUUCCCCAUCUUGGCGACAGUCGCAUGUCUUCCUCACAAGCACCGGACACCCGAGUGGCGUUGUGCGUCAACGUUUCGAGUGCGGCAUCGGAGUGCGUGCAGUGCAAGCCAUGGAACUGAAAGGGACACAAGACACGCAGCUUUUUUUUUUUUUAAUCGUGAGACUGUUGUGAGUGUAGCCAUCAAAGACGCUUGUAUUGCAUGAUGCAGCAAGUGUCCUUUCAAGCAUACAGUUGCGCAAAAGACCAUCAGGAAAAAAAAUGGGAGAAAGAAGUCAGUGUUUGUGAAGGACACGCGUACCAUCGUUUGUGCAAGACUUCCGCACUGGAACCCAACGAGUUGUGAGAGUAGUUCGGUAAUGUGUUCUGCAGCUUUUCCUUGCAGCUAAGGAACGUUCAACAAUCGACCUGCUGUUGUGCUGCCGUGAUGAAAGUUGGACUCAGUGAUUUCUGCUCAGUGAUUUCUGCUCGUUGUGCUUACUUGUCACAAGGAAAUGAUUGCAUGAAAUAUCUGUCUCAAAGUCAAGACCAGAAGAAACACAUAACUUACCAGUAAGCUCUGGAGAGCAAGUUUUCUUUUGCUUCUGCAAUAUCGAGAUCAUAAUGCUGCUGUUGUGAACACGAAGCUCACAGAAAAAUGACCUUCUACUACUAACAGAUGCUAGAACUAACGCUUUAAAAAUUUGAACACUGCGACCUGUGUAACAGCAAAAGAAACAGCAAAGACGAAUUUUGCCUAUGUUUCAGGAAACUAAGACAUCUGAAAAGCUGAAGCAGGCAUAAGAAAUUACACUUUUAGCAAUACUGUACACGCUAUUCUUCGCUGUUCACCACGUUGCUGUCGACGCAAAGCUCGUCAAGUGCCAAGAACAAAGCGCUGCAAUUCCUCCGCCUUUCAAUGUGUGCAUUUCGUGUAGUGGGCCAAGCCAAAAACAGAAAGAGUGCGCUCCUGAACUCUCCAACGGUUGUAAGUUUUGCCACGACCGGUCAGCAAAGCCACCAGUACUGCAUUGAUGCUCUUGCUUCGUAAACGCUUUGUAACGACCGGCAUUGCAGCUUUUCUAUGCACCAAAGAAAUGAUAGCUGAGAUGCGGACUACGCAAUUUUGUAUAUAGACUAAGACGGAAAAGAAAUGUGAACUUUAUAUUUUGUACAUAUUGUUAUAGUAUUGUGUCGAGCCUAUUGCAGGCUUUCUUCUUGCCAGGAUGCCUUAAAGAGUGAAAACAAACGUGUCUUGCGUUGCACUCUCGACAACAGUAUAAUGCGUAUUUUCCUAGCGUGUUUCCAAUGCCAAUCUUUUUGUAAUGUAUUUGUAUAGUUCCUUUUUUAUACGUUUCAUUUUGAUAAAAGAAGAUGCGAAGCAGCGGCGACUGUA